AACAGAAAAUAAAUUAGAUGUAAGUACUUUAUUUAAGUACAAUAGGUACAAACGAAAUAUUAUUUAAAAUAUAAUACCUAGUUUACACAUGAAUUAAAUACAAUAUUUACCUAAAUCAAAAAAUUAUGUCAAAUGAAAUGGCACCAUAGCAGAAAAUACCAAACGCAUAAAAACGAUAGUAAAUCAAAUGAUUGAACUCAAAAUCUCAUUAUUAUUAGAGUACCUAAUUAAUUAACUAUGCUAAACCUUAGUACACAUUACCUGCACACCUCUAGCUCGCUUGGGCUCAAGAACGAGUCGAACUUGAGAAGAACCAGGUAUCUCCAGUCUUCAACUCAUAUAAACACAGCUCACAUCUCUGACCCACAUUACACUGGUCCACUCGCCAACUCGACUCACGCACACCACGAACACCAGCCAGUUCUAACCUUUCUUCCGUCUGCCAUUGCCACGGUCGCGGGCGCCGCUGCACGACGCGGCCAUACUGGAUUUUUGAAUUUCGAAUUCGAUGGUGUGUCGGUAAAGUGUUGUGAUUUUGAAAUUGGAAUUAUGGUGUGCAAAACAGCGCCGAUUGGGAGUCCGACGCACAGAGUGAGCGAGCAGGAUGGACAACAAGAAGUGGCUGACUAUGAGACUGCGCUGGAUUCUGCUGGUUACGGUCGCUUCAGCCGCGCAGCGCUCGGCGCGUGCGCGUGCGCGUUCUUCACGACAGGCGUCCAGAAUUGCGUCAUGUCGUACGUGCUGCCAGCGGCCAAGUGCGAGCUGCAACUAACUACGUACCAGGCGGGACUGGUUAACAUGGCUUUUAUGUGCGGUGGUGUAGCCAGCGCGUUCUUCUGGGGCAUCGUGGGUGACGUAUUUGGCCGACGAAACACGCUGACAAUGACCCUGCUGCUAGAUGGUGUGCUGACGCUGGCACAAAGUACUGUGGCUGAUUACCGGUGGUUGUUGGUUGCUAGGUCUAUCAAUGGCUUCUUAAUAGGUGGUCCAUCGACGCUGACAUUCACAUACAUGUCUGACUUGGUUGGGGAGAGGAGACGGCAGUUCUACCUGACUAUAGUUGGGAUGAGCUUCGUCGGAGCUUGGCUGAUAUUACCAGCUAUAGCGUGGCUCAUCAUCCCAUUCAAGGUCGGCUACACCACCAUCCUUCCCAUCUACUCCUGGCGUCUCAUGCUACUCGUCUGCAGUCUCCCAGGCUUUAUCGCCGGUAUCUGGACCUGGACUCUUCCAGAGAGUCCAAGGUUACUGUGUGAUACGAACAGAAGCGAUGAGGCUCUACAGAUUCUGGCCAGGAUUCAUAAGAAGAAUAGGGGGAAGACCGAGUUUAAGGUGAAGAAGUUGAUCCAAGAUAACAUUUUCGGCGGAAAGUCGCUGGGUGAGGAAGAGAGCAGGACAAAGACGCUAUUUAUCGGAGUCCUCAAAGACCUGAAGAUCUUCGUGUCAAAGAGCUACGCUGUCAAAUCCAGCCUCAUCCUCUUUGCGUUCUUCGCUAAUAUGGCUGCUGGUUUCGGCCUGAACCUCUGGAUCCCAGCAUUACUUCUCCGCAUGCAAGGCCAAGAAUGUAAGGCGGUACCUCAGACCGCCAAACUAUUCAGUUCAGCCAACAGCACUUGGAGUGAGAGGAACACAAGCGUUGUCGACGUGGUCCAAUGCAGUGGCGAUAUCAGUGACGAUAUCUUCACCUCCGGCCUAAUCGUAGGCGCCUGCUGCGUUCUUGGCAACGCGUUCUGCGCGCUACUCUCCCGCAGCGGCGCGCGCGGCGUGCGCUACUCCGCGGCCGCAUGCGCAUUAGCAUGCGCGCUAGCGUGCGGCGUGCUAGCGGCGUGUGCAUGCGCGUGCGCUAGUAGUAGCAGGAUAGCGGUGGCGGCUGCGGCUGCGCUGAACGCGGCGUCGUUAAAUGGGAAUGUGCUGCUGAUUAGGCUGCUGUUGCAUGCAUUGCCACCGAAACUUAGUGGACUAGGGGUUUGCUGGGGCGCGUGGUGGGGCCGAGCUGGAGGUGUGGCCUCAAACCUAGCUGUUGGAGUCCUACUGGACUUCUCAUGCCCUGCGCCUUUCAUAUCCGUCGCAGCUCUGCUAGCUGUAUCAAUUGUGGCCAUAAUGCUGAUAAAAAUGGACGAACAGAAAGAAGAAAGAACUGAACCGGAAGCAGUUGAAAAGAGCACAGGACUGGACAGAUACAUAUCGACACACAUGUAAAGGAAAAACGCAUCUAUUAGCUGGGAUUCAAAGUUGAUUUUCAAAGUGCCUUAUUAAGAUUAAGUUAUUUUUUGAAGUUAUGUUCAUAUUGUAUGGAAGAAUGAAAAAGGAGGCUAAAGAGAACGAGAAAACUUCGGUUUUGCUUGUAUGAAUGAAAAUUGGAGACGUGCUUUAAUGAGAAUAGGUAUAUUUAUGGACAAUGGACAUUAUGUGGAAUCUAGGAAAUUAAAAGUCGAAUAUAACAAAUUUAAUUAUGCCUUAACCUUUAUAUGUGUCGAUAUCGAUAUGAUGAAGAUGUUUUUCGCUCUUGGUUAACUCAAGUUUUCAGUGAGCGAUAGAUGGGAGUCCAGUCGCAACUUUGUGCCUAAUUUUAAUUCAUUUACAAUACAAGAUACAUAACAAAAAUAAGAACCUUAAAAUUAGUUGUAUCGUUCUAUUUUUGUUUACGGGAUAUAUAAAAGAAAAGGUUUUUUGUACAAGUCCAUAUGGAAUAUUACGUACUUAUUAUGGUUAUUUUUUAUGUAAUUUUGUAUUUUGAAUUGUAUGUACAUUCAAAGAUG